CAUACGAGCACUUGGGGGUUUCGUGUAAAUCAACCAGACGUUCUGUCAUUCACCAGCAAUAUCUCUCCAUAGUCUUCUACACCCAUGUGCCUUCAUGAAACAUUUCACUAUGCCCGUGGAAGAAAUAUUCCAAUGAAUGUGCUUUUUCAGGAAUGGUGACACCAGAAUGUUUUCAAUCUGUUCAUUACCACAACAAGGAUAAAUGGCAUUUCUGCCAAAGACUUUCGAUAACGGGUGCAGUAAUGCACGUCGUCACUUUCUGAAAUUAAAGGGUCUACCCUGAGAGGUAUCACAUGGCUGCCUAAAAAUUCAUCUUUAAAAGAUAAUCUCUUAGGACGAAAGCUCAGCCACAAAGGAGCUAAGAGUUUAUUUCAUUUCUCUGCAAAGGAUUUAAUAAUGGAGUACAAAAAUCUCAGCGAGAACUGAAACGAAUGGGGAUUGAACUGCUCUGCCUGUUCUUUCUGCUUCUAGGAAGGAAUGACCGUGUGCAAGGUGGCUGUGCCGUGGGAGGUGCAGAGACCUGUGGGGACUGCUUACUCAUCGGACCUCAGUGUGCGUGGUGUUCUCAGGAGAAUUUUACCCAUCCAUCUGGAGUUGGUGCAAGGUGUGAUACUCCAGCAAAUCUUUUAGCUAAUGGAUGUCAAUUAACCUUCAUCGAAAACCCUGUCUCCCAAGUAGAAAUACUUAAAAAUAAGCCUCUCAGUGUAGGCAGACAGAAAAAUAGUUCUGACAUUGUUCAGAUUGCACCUCAAAACUUGAUUCUUAAAUUGAGACCAGGUGGAGAGCAGACCCUGCAAGUGCAUGUCCGCCAGACCGAGGAUUACCCAGUGGACCUGUACUACCUCAUGGACCUCUCUGCCUCCAUGGAUGAUGACCUCAACACAAUCAAGGAGCUGGGUUCUCUGCUUUCCAAGGAGAUGUCUAAAUUAACCAGCAACUUUAGACUGGGCUUUGGUUCUUUUGUGGAAAAACCUGUCUCACCUUUUAUGAAAACAACACCAGAAGAAAUCGCUAACCCUUGCAGUAGUAUUCCAUAUUUCUGCUUGCCUACAUUUGGAUUCAAGCACAUUCUGCCGUUGACAAAUGAUGCCCAACGAUUCAAUGAAAUUGUGAAGAAUCAGAAAAUUUCUGCAAAUAUUGACACACCAGAGGGUGGGUUUGAUGCAAUCAUGCAAGCAGCUGUGUGUAAGGAAAAAAUCGGCUGGCGGAAUGACUCCCUCCAUCUCCUGGUCUUUGUGAGUGAUGCCGAUUCUCAUUUUGGCAUGGACAGCAAACUAGCAGGCAUCGUCAUCCCUAAUGACGGGCUCUGUCACUUGGACAGCAAGAAUGAAUAUUCCAUGUCCACCAUCUUGGAAUAUCCAACAAUUGGACAACUCAUUGAUAAACUGGUACAAAACAAUGUUUUGUUGAUCUUUGCUGUAACACAAGAACAAGUUCAUUUAUAUGAGAAUUAUGCAAAACUUAUUCCUGGAGCUACAGUAGGGCUACUUCAGAAGGACUCUGGGAACAUCCUGCAGCUGAUCAUCUCGGCAUAUGAAGAACUGCGCUCUGAAGUGGAGCUAGAAGUAUUAGGAGACACAGAAGGACUCAACCUGUCAUUCACAGCCAUCUGUAACAAUGGAACCCUCUUCCCUCACCAAAAGAAAUGCUCACACAUGAAGGUGGGAGACACAGCUUCAUUCAACGUGACUGUGAGUAUUCCAAACUGCGAGCAAAGAAGCAGACAUGUUAUCAUAAAGCCAGUGGGGCUGGGAGACGCCCUAGAAGUACUUGUCAGCCCAGAAUGCAACUGUGGCUGUGAGCGAGAAGUAGAAGUGAACAGUUCCAAAUGCCACAAUGGGAGCGGCUCCUUCCAAUGUGGGGUGUGUGCCUGCCAUCCCGGCCACAUGGGACCUCGCUGCGAGUGUGGCGAGGACAUGCUGAGCACGGAUUCCUGCAAGGAGACCCCAGACCAUCCUUCGUGCAGUGGAAGGGGCGACUGCUACUGUGGGCAGUGCAUCUGCCACUUGUCCUCCUACGGAAGCAUUUACGGACCUUACUGCCAGUGUGACAAUUUCUCCUGUGUGAGACACAAGGGGCUGCUCUGCGGAGAUAACGGCGACUGUGACUGUGGUGAGUGCGUGUGCAGGAGUGGCUGGACGGGCGAGUACUGCAACUGCACCACCAGCACGGACUCCUGCCUCUCCGAAGACGGAGUGCUCUGCAGCAGCCGUGGGGACUGCAUUUGCGGCAAGUGUGUUUGCACGAACCCUGGAGCCUCGGGACCAACCUGCGAACGAUGUCCUACCUGUGGUGACCCCUGUAACUCUAAACGGAGCUGCAUUGAAUGCCACCUCUCUGCAGAUGGCCAGGCCCGAGAAGACUGUGUGGACAGAUGUAAACUAGCCGGUGCAACCAUCAGUGAUGAAGAAGAUUUCUCAAAGGAUAAUUCUGUUUCCUGCUCUCUGCAAGGAGAAAACGAAUGUCUUAUUACAUUCUUACUAACUACGGACAAUGAGGGGAAAACCAUCAUUCACAGCAUCGACGAGAAAGAUUGUCCAAAACCUCCAAACAUUCCCAUGAUCAUGUUGGGUGUUUCUCUAGCCAUUCUUCUCAUCGGGGUUGUCCUGUUGUGCAUUUGGAAGCUGCUGGUUUCGUUCCAUGAUCGUAAAGAAGUUGCCAAGUUUGAAGCAGAACGAUCAAAGGCCAAGUGGCAAACGGGAACAAAUCCACUUUACAGAGGCUCUACCAGUACUUUCAAAAAUGUAACCUAUAAACACAGAGAAAAACAAAAGGUGGACCUUUCCACGGAUGGCUGAAACUACUUUACACAUGGAAAAAGGCUGUUUCACCGAUAUAAAAUGUUAAUGCACUAUUUAAUUUUUCUUUCUUUGUUGUUUCAAAUUGAGGUUGGUUUAAGAUAAUAGUAGGUCAUUGGGAGAUCAGUCAUUCUCUGUUUGAAGGUGAGAGACUAUGUUGGCAGGUUCAAAAUAAUCUAGAAGAGGAAUAUCUUUAGCAAAGAGGUGACUUUGGGGAUCAUUUGAAGAAUAUACUCUGUUGUAUUAAUGCUUCAAAAAAUCAUCAAAAUGAUUCAUGGGGGCCUGCUUUGCAUCUGAAAAGUGUUUAAUAUUAGAAUCUCAUUUGUUGCAGGAAUUCAGCUACCUGAAAUCUGUCUCAACAAAGUUACAAAGUCCAUAUGCCUACACUGUAAAAUCACAUUUGCUAAUUAAUUCUAAAUUUUUAGUAAAUAUGCCCUUUCCUAAAGGAAGACUUUUUUUAAGUCUAUGAGAAAUAAGAUUCUGAUUUUAUAUCAGCAGAGUGGAUCCAAUUGCCUUAAAGAUAAGUCAAAUGUAGGGAUUGAAAAUUAAGUAUUAGUGAUUUCUGUGAAUUUGUUUGCUCCUAAAAGACAGUUAUACAAACAAGUAUUCUAUUUGUUUGAUAGAUGAGGAAGAAAUAACUUACAAAUUAAGUUACUUUAUAAAUUAAAUUAAGUUAAAUUAAGAAGUCACUAGUGAAAAACAAAGAUUACAGCCCUAUCAUUUAGGUAAUUUUUAAAUUACCUGAAUAACAAUCUUUUACAUUCAGUUUCUUUCUUGACUCUGGGUUCACUCUUCCAUAUUUCUCAAUCUGUUUUACUCAGUUUCAUCACCUUCUAAACCAGGUCAUUGUAAUAUAAUUUUUUUUUAUUUUUUAAAUUUCAUUUAAAUGGUUAGGUACUUAUUCAAAGGCAGCUCCAAUAAUAUAAAAGAAACAUGGGUUAAAUACAAUAAGAUUCUUAUUUUUGAAGAAGCUUUUGCUAUAGGGUGUGUACACUUGCCAGAAAGACAGAGAGAGACAGAAAGACAGAAAGCGAGAAAUCACC